UCAACGCCGCACCUCCUACACCCGCAGAACCUCAGACGCCUCAGAAGAGUACCGAAAACAAUGCCCCGGUGGGCCCAGCUACGUUUCUCAUGUACAACCGAAUAAACACCACGAUCGGAGGAGCCUCGAACAGCGGGGACCAGAGCCCUCUGCUGCAGGCCAGCGGCAGCGUCUCGGGAACGACCAUGCAGGAUGACAAGUCGGCAAGGAAGCGGACCGAAGACAAGAGCAAUAGCAUCUGCCUUGUACUAUUUAUUGACGCAAAGCCUAACACCGCAAUAAAACUAAGCAAACAUACAGAAAAUAUCUCACUUUUUCGGCAAGUCUCUAAAGAUAACCAAAGAUACAUAUAAGGUGAUCCGUUUGUCCCCAGUAUUUUAGAUUGAAAGGCGACUGGAGACAAAAAAGAUGUGGCUAAAGGCGCUUGUUCUACUGCUUUCGAUUCGAUAUUUGGCGGCCACGUGCAAUGUGUGUCAAAGUGAUAGCAAUGUCGCUUGUCACAGUGAAACCACUUUUUCCAUCUGCUAUGACGGAGUUCCAUCGUAUGAUCUCUUGCCAUGUCCAAAGGACUUUUAUUGCACGGAUGGCUUUUACACUUGCUAUCAAAAUGCUAAUCCGGUUUGCAAAACAGAGGAGGACACUUCCACCACCGAGAUCCAGACAACCAGUACAACCACUCCUAGCCCCAUUACCACGACAACCACUAAGAACCCAACUACCACUGCUACCCCAAUUACCACAACAACCACUGAGAUCACGACUACAGAAGCUCCGUGGAAUGCCGACGAUAUCUGUCAGCAAUACACUAAAAACACCUUUUUCGAAAACGAAGAUGAUCCCACCUGCACCACUUUUAUAACCUGUACAGUUGAUAGCGACGGAACGCAUUCGACAAAAGUCACUUCAUGCAAGGCUAAUCAGUAUUUCAGUACCAGCUUAAAGGUUUGUACCGCCACAAAGCCGGAUGGAUGCGUGGAGACGACAACCACUAUAGCCACCACUACCCCAACCACCACCACCGUGACCACAACAGCGGCGAGUACCACCACAGCGGAACCCUGGAGUGCGGAGAAAACCUGCCUGACUGUCUCUAAGACCACUUUGUUUCAAAACCAAGACGACCCCACCUGCACCACGUACCUAUAUUGUUAUUUUAUCAAUGGAUCGGCAACAGCUUUGAUAAAGAACUGUAAGACCAACCAAUAUUUUGAUGCUUCCUUGAAAUCGUGCAGCGAAAACAAACCGGAUUAUUGCACCUAAGUCAGACCGUUUAACAGCAGUAAUCGAUCAUUAUCAGAUUUAUUGAAACCAAUAAAAUAUUAGUAUAAAACAAUCAU